UUAAUCAAUCAAUCAAUGUCCAAUUUUUAAAAAAGCUCUCAAGAAAGAAAGGAGCAAGGGCUGGAGACUGAGCUCGGUGGUAGAGCGCUUGCCUAGCAUUGACAGGGCCCUGGGAUCCCCAGAGCCGCCUUCGAAAAAGCGGUAAGGAGGAAGGAGACACCUUCCAGAAAAGCCAGGGGAGCAGCAAUCCAGAUAAUCUCACUAGGGCAGAGCAGGUAAUUUGAGGAGUGAUGAGCCAAAGAACGAACAGCAGAUGGACAUAAGGGGAGACUGAGGUCUAGGGCAAUUCUGGACAUAGGGAUGAAGGAAGAUGAAGAAGAUGGGGGAAACUGGGGCAACAGGAAGUGGGGAGAGGGAGGCAGGCCUUGGUGGCUUGAGGGGUGAACUGAGGGUGAUGCCUACGUGGCCACUCCUUCAAUCCUUAGGCCCUCGUAGUGAUCUUUGCCCCACCACACCUCAGCUCUGACAGACUACGUGCCAGGAAAUUUUGUCUGCACUGAGCUACCAGCUGAGUUCCAACCCUCUGGAGUGGCUGCUUCAGACCAGGUAGGUGUAACGUGCUGGGCCUCGACUCUGAAUUGGGAGAUGGCAGAGGGGUAAACGAGAGCGAGGUUGUAUUUCCUGAAUGGCCCCAUAAUGAGUUUUUCCAACCCAGGAAGCACCGUCCUUAGCGGCAGGGGAACCAUGGACCACAGUGUGGAUCUGGCGAGGCAGGAGAGGCCCAGUCUUCGUCUGGAAAAGCUACAGCACUGGGCAAGACACAGGCAAAGUGGAUACCUACUGGUGGUGGCGGUGAGCCAGCUCUGGCUGGCCAUAGCCACGGUGCCCUUCACAAUCUCAGUGGCCUGCUUGAGCUCUGCCUGUCACAUGGCCACAGCACUGCCGCUCUGGCCUGGAGCCUCGGGUCUCCUCACUGGGAUUAUCACCCUUGAGCUUCGCAGAGCACCCUGUUUCUGGAAGGUGCGGGCCAUGAUGAUAUCCAACACCUUCAACCUGAUCUUGGGCUUCAUCGUGGUGGUGAUAGAAGUGACGAAGACAGCCUUGGGGCCUGCCCCUACUGGCCCCACCCAGGAACAGGUGAAUAAAGAGAAAGGUACAAGGGAGGAGAAAUGGCGGAAGAAAACGGGCUGUACCCCCCCCCCCAAAGCAUCCUCACCCUGCUACCUGCAGCUGACAGGGUUGCUGGUGCUAGAACUCAGCGUGGAGGCCUUCACCCUAGGAGGAGUGCUGGUCUCAACAUACGCCCUGUUCUUGCUGAGCCAGAGGAAGCAAGGAUGCUUCACGAGGUCAAGUCUGCACUACCAGGAGCUACCGGAGGGUCUCUCUGAGAUGGAGGAGGUUUCCGGUUUGGAGGAUGGUCCCGUGGUGGCUAGCACCCGAAACAGAAUAGAUGAAUGAGUGGCCACUGCCCUCCUCCACCAAAGGGGGCAUUCUCCUGGCACUCCCUCGGACUAGAACUGAACUCCCCCAAGAUGUGCGUGAAGCCCACAGGAGUGCCCUCAGUUUUUCCUCAAACCGGGCCCAGCUCUCUUCUCUUCCCCACUCGAGGAAGAUCUUGUCACCUCGUUUCUAGUCAAGCUGCUUCCUCCCUUGCAUUCUUGGCCUCCUUCCUCCCUGCCUCUCCAUCCAGAUUCACAUCUGCCUCAUCUCACUGUUUCCGUGUGUUCACCUUUCACAAUCCCAUCCACUCCGAG